AUGAAAAAGAAUGAUAUUAAUAAAGACUUGCCGACUCGUCUUUACAACAUCACUAGAGGUAAAGAUAAAUUAGACAUAAAAAGCCGAAAAAAGUUAGAAGUAGAUGUGGAGUUAACCGAGGAACACCCAGAAAUAAAAAGGAAAUCAUUAACUAAAGCAAUUAAGACUUAUGGGCAAGCAGGAACUACUGAUAAGAGUAAGGAAAUUCCAAAAAUGGGAGAUUAUUAUAAUAAUUCGGAGGUGACUUUAAUUGCGAUUAAUGCUAAAAUUGAGGAAGAAGGAGCAAAGAAUUAUGGAGCUCAACCAAAACAAAAGGCUGAUUUAAGUCUAGGUCAAGCUCUCCAUGCGGUAGCUCAUCGUAAGCGGACUAUUUCUAAAGAUGGCAUCUAUUCCAUUUUAGGUUUAUUGCCUUAUGGGAAAAAAGUAAAGGUUGAUUAUAAACCAAAUGAUCAAGCAGAAUUGGAACAAGUUUUGUUGGGAGUAAUAGAAGUAGCCAAAGAAUAUGAUGGCUCUGCAGAGGGCAUUACUGGUUCUACUAGAAUUAAAGAAGUUGUUUCCAAUAGUUUAGAGAUAACUUCUGAGGGAAUACAAUUAAUUGGUGAAAGAAAUUAUUCUUAUUCUACUCAUGAAAAGAAAUAUUCAAUAGCAGCUAAUAGCGAACUAAUAAAAUUUGAUUUUCCAUUGGAAAUUUCAUUAUAUCGUGGGCAAAAAUAUUCUCACAAACCAAUUAACAUAAGUCUUGUUGGUUCUGAUUCAAUCAAUGAAGAAAAGUUUAUAUUUAUUGAUAUGAUCAAUAAACAAACUAUUGAAGGUAAAGAAGCAGUUCAAACUUAUAAAGAACAAGAAAUUUAUGAAUAUUAUGAAGAAGGGCAUCGUGGUAUUCAGCGUGAAGAAUGUAGAGGCGAUUACUAUGUUUUCAAUAAUAACAUAGCACAGAGAAUAGUAGAAAGUGAAAAAGGCAAAGAUGAUUGA